AUGCCUGAGCCAGUCUACUCACCCUCCUACGACUCGCCAGAGCCCGAGGCAUCCCGUGCCUUCUGGAAAUGGAACCACUUCGAAGUUCGUACCCUGGUCUGCCUGAUUAUCAAGGGCGAGCACAAGAUUUCCAAGGACCCCAUGGACCUCACCGACAAGCUCAACCGCGCCCUCAACCCUGCCUCCUCGGGCACCCAGCCUGCCUACAGCCGCGACGUCCCCCACGCCGAGGUCCAGGCGAUGCUGAAGCGCAUUCUCUCGAAGAAGUCGCACGCGGUGGACUUGUCCGAUCGCAACUAUAGCGCUCCAGUCACACGCGCAAAGAUAAACGCCUUCAUGCGCAACCUGGACUUCAAUGGCAGCAAGGACGAGUGGGAAGAGGGCAGGGACAAGGUGGUCAGGGUGGAGACCCAGAAGAGACUGGUGCGGUUCAUGGUCAGGAAGCAGGGCGGUCGACCUAGCCCUCGGUUACGGGACGAGAGAGACAGGCGGAGGAUGCUUCUUCGCGAUCCAAGGGCGAAGAGACUUUUGCGUGGUUGGGGCAUCGGCGCCAGUUUCUGGGAUGAUAGAACCAAUGGCGCGGACCACACGCAAGCCACCAUGCUCGACUACGGAAGCUACGGAGGGUUUGGUAGCCUGACCGACCCGCAGCAGCAGCCCUAUCAGUGGACUGGAACAGAGCAGAACAGGGCUUGGGGCGGAAGUGGCGCACCGGCAGGUGACCAGCGACACCCCAGCCGCAGCCAGCAUGCAGGCCGCGGAUUCUAG